ACAUAUAUUCUGAAUUUAUUUAUUUAUUUUUUGGUGAGUAUAUAUUCUUAUUAUUGCGAUUGGAAAAUGUAUGAGUAGAAAAGGGAAAUCAGUUGGAUUUGGAUGAUCGUAUCGUGUAAUUAGAGAAAGAGAAACAAGAGACUAUGGAGCAGCACGCCAAACGGCCUUGUAUGAGAGGCAGUACCUCCUCCAAAGAAGAAGAAGAAGAAGAAGAGAAAGUUGUUGAGGAUAUGGCUGUCUCUGACAAAGAAGAAGAAAUGGUGGAAGAGACAAAAGAUGAUACUGAUAUCGAUGAAUAUGUACUGGUUGAGCCUAGACGCUUCAUGACUGAUGAAGAAAUUCUUGAACAUCGGAGGCAGGUUAUUGAAAGCGACGGAUUCGAUGUUGAGAAGUUUGAAGGCAGGCUACCUGGUUCAAUUAAGCCAUAUAAGUUGACCGAACCAAGAUGCCGUCUCUUGAUAGGUUUUUCCAAGCAAGCUUUGGAAGUCUACAAUGAGAACAACAAAACAAAAUUUGAAUUUUAUGAGCUUAAGAAAGCAAAUUCUCAAGGUGUUGCUGGUGUAAUGUUCUACAUUACUUUUGAGGCGAUCUCUGGCAAUACAAUUGGAACCUUCCGUGCUAGGGUAUGGAAAAAGAUAAUGAAAGGUUUGCAGGUUAUGUCUUGUGAGAGGCAUUUGUGAGUUUGUCAGGUAUAAAUAUUACAUGAGAUUUUUUGUUAUGGUUUUGUUUGUUUAGACUAGUUAGAUUAAACUAGUGAGAGAUAGCACAUAAUCCCAAUCACCUUUGGAUCUGAAUUUGUGCCUAAUGGUUUUGCCUUUUAAAUAUUCUGCCUAAAGUAGACAUUGACUAAUUCUCUAUCUAUCAUCCAUAUAUUGGUGAAUGUUCACAUCUAUCGACAGAACGUGUUUAGUUUGUAUGCCAUUAAGAUUUAUAAAUUAAUUUUUAGUUGAUGUUCCUUGAUAAUCUAUGAUUGUUGACAAAUGACAAAUUAGAGAUGUAAUGAUUUCAAAUAUUUCAUAUUCUUUUUGUCCGUAUUGAAUUUAAGCACUUGUCAUUUGUUCCCAACUUCUGAUGUUCUUAUGCCACUUAUUUGAAUUGUAAUAAAGAAUGUCGAGGUAACAAGCAUCUCCUUUAGUUUAAUUUAAUUUAAUUAUCCCGAUUUGUAUUUGUUGUGCUCCUCUUCUGAUGUUCUGUUUAUUUUGGGUCAGCUAGAUAUACACACAACCCUUCAAUCUUUAGUUUUUAUGUCUAAUCCUUUGUUAUUUUUCCUUCUAAUUGUUGUUGCAAGAUAAUUACCAAUUUUAUGUUAUAUAUAUAUAUAUAUAUAUAUAUAUAUAUAUAUAUAUAUGAGCCGUGACACCUAUUUGCAGAUUCUGUAUUUUGAUAAUAUGAAAAUGAGGUUUUCUAUGUCAUUGCAUUAUUGCUUAAUAACAAGGUUUUUAUAUUUUGAUUGUGAUUCCGAAUAACUAUUUAUACGGUUGUUAAGUCACUUGCAUAAUUAUAUUACUCAUAUCACCUUUUGUCCUUUUUUAACCAUGAAAGUUAUUGCUUUUUUGCUUUACCUAUUAUGCUUAGAUUUCACUGUAGCUUCCUGUGAGGUUCAUAAGUUCAUUUCUUGUCUCCUUAAGAUAUCUUCUUCUAGUGUUAUUUGAUGUUCUUGUUUAUAAGAAUGUUGACAAAUGAAAAAUUAUAAACGUAAUUAUUUCAAAUGUCUCAUCCUUGUGGUUUGUAUUAGAUUUUGACUUUUGAGGUGGUUCUUGUUAUUCUGCAUUUCAAAAUAACAAAAGGAGGCUACGUUUAAUUAGUGUAUUUUAGGGUUUAGAUGUGUGCAUGUGAGUGAGUAUUGGGCUCUUGGGGCACACAAUUUAAUCUAACUUACCCGUUGGAAGGGUGAAAUAUGAAUCUUAAUUCAGGAAGUAAUAGCAGCGAGUAUAAAACAGUAUCAGAGGAUAAUAUCCUCAAUGUAACAGUAGCAAAAAUAGAAUCAGUAAAGUAAAGAAGGAGCACUACUAGAGUGUGGACAUUUAUUAACACUUUUUAUCUAACACUUUUUGAAAUGUUAGUUAUACUAAUACUAAUAAACUUAUACUUUUAACAAAAUUUGUAAAAUAAAUGUUAGAAAAUAUAAUUUUUUAAAAGAAGAAAAAUAAACAUCAGAUACAAACCUUACCAAAUCACGCCUCUGAAAUGGAACUACUUUCAAGUUUCAACACAUCUCCUUUCAAGUUACCACUGCCUCACUUAUCGAGAAAAUCCCUCAUAAACGACGACGUAUCACUCCCUUCUAAACCCAUACCUGCUAGCUACCUAUAAUCUAGAUAUAUAUGUGUGCUUUCUUCUCCUUGCCUCGCUUCUGUCUCUUACUUUGUUUUCUGUUCGCUAACAGCACCUCGCCACCACCCUUUAUAGCCUCGUUUCUUUCCAACUUUGUGAAAUUAUCCUUAUGCCCUUCACUCCCCGCUAACAUGGAAAAUAACUAUAUCAUUCUGGUCGUUAAUAAAUCAAUUGCCAAAGCCCACCAUGGGCUAUAUUCGUCUUGUCCUACUCUACUCGUCAUUACAUAUUCAUAUGCUAACCUUAAUUGAUUAACGUUUGACUUCCAGAAAAUGAGAAGCUACAUUAAUACUUGCUUAGCUUAUAUAGUAAAAUUAACUUAAUUACCAUUUUCUUCCCAUAGUAUAUUCUAUAUUAUAUUCAUUUAUUUGAUAAGCAGGUAAUCCGAUCCUAUAUAGGCUCUAUCUGUAAUUUGCUGGCAUCAAGAUGGGGAAAUUAUGUAAGCCAAUUUGUGUCAUGUUCGCAACAUAUACCAGAUAAGUAUAAAUAAUAAUUGUUGAUGGCUGAAACCUAGUUAAUAUAUAUAUAUAUAUAUAUGAAAAGUGGCAGGUAUAUGAAAAGAAUGGAAGAUGAGUUUAUAUAUAUAUGUGUACCGUGGCGAUGCUAGCUAGAUGUCAUAUAUAUCGUCUCAAAAAACUAGUUGAGCUAUAUAUAGAUAACAUACAUAUUCUUCAUGUUUAUAUUUGCACUGAAUGCUAGACUUGCUGCUGCUGAGAGCAUGGCCCAUGAUGUAAAGUUGGAUAUGACCUCUUAUGUGGUAAGCUCAAAUACUUCAAAGCCAUUUUUAUUGGCUAUACUCUAUGUUAUUUCACACUAUAUUAGUAUAUUAUUGUGACAAAUAAAAUCUAGUCAUCUUUGAAUAAAUAAGGAACAUUGUGGGGUGUUUGGGGUGUUUGCCAAUUUUGCUCGGUGUUUAAGGUUUUAUAAUGGGUUGGUGUGUGAGUGGACAUGUUGCAGUUCAUCCUGGUCUUUUAUCUUUAAUGUGAAGCCUUUUAGUUGUUUUCUAUAAAGUUUGGUAAGCUGUGUGAAACCAGCUUCUCUUUUUGUCUUUGCUAUUUUGGUUGAUGGAACUAUUGUAGAGUUUUUUCGCCUUUAUUUCACAGGGUUAGUUAUGCUUUCAAUUUUUGUCUUGUACUUUAUGGUUGUCUUUUGCAUGUGUGUGGGCGCGCGCCUUUAUAUCUUGAAGUCCUUUUCUCUUCCUUUUGAACAUAUAGUAGUUAUUUAGGCCUUCAAACAUGUAUAUAAUAUAGGCUUUAGUUUCUGAUUUAAUUUUAACGACUUCUGUUGUUCUUCUCCAACUGCAGUUACUAAUCUUAUAAUUUAAGCACUUUGGACAUUGAGUUUUAUUGAUUUUUGUAUGCACUAUUCUGAUUUUGUGCAUUUCCCCGUUAAAAUUUGUUGUUGACUGCUUAUGAGAACAGAGUUAGGUGUUAAAGAUUUGGCGUAUUGAACGUUGUGGAGUUCGAAUCUUGUGAAUUAUUCUUGAGAUUAAGAAGCUUGAAGAGUAAAUGCAUCGAUCGUGGGGACCAAAUGGCGUUGUCUGGUUCUGCAUCUUAUUAUAUGCAGAGAAGAAUGCCUGGUUCUGGAUUAACUUGAUUUGCACAAUUCGCCUUCGCCUAGUAUGCAAUUAUGCAUCCAUUGUCGAAUCUUAACCUCCCAUUUGAGUAUUAAGUUAUGGCAACUACUCCCAUGAAAAUACCAAAAACAUCUUCUCAUGAUGAUCCUUAUUUAAAAAGUAUAACUUAUUUAUUUUGCAACACUUUAAAUAAAGGUAACACUUUUAUUUUAAAUAAAAUCAAACCUCACAAUCUAUCAUCUAAUGGUUAAAAUGAUAUAUCUUCACAUGAUGACAAUCAUUAAAUCUUCAUUGGAGUAGUCAUCUUAAGUUAUUUAAGUAGUUGUUUCUUGUUUUUUGUAUAUCCUGGCAUCUAAAAGAUAUAGUAUUCAAUGCUUGAAUAAAUCGUCUCUUGUGAUCCUGUUUAAUCGGUUUUUUAAUUGCAGUAAGAUAUGCUUGUAUAUAAAAUUAUCCAAGUUAUAUCUUGGUUUAAUUUGAGCAUGGGCGUAGAAUAUUCUGUAAAUUUAAAUU